UUUAAUCCUUGGCGAAAAAGCAAACUUGAUUUGCUCAUCAUUUUCGAAUAAAUAAGACUGCAUCUAAUAAUUACAUUACAAAGCAUCACCUCAUCAACAUUCAUCGUCUUUAACAAAGUUCAGCUUUUCAUCUAUGGCAAAUGUUAGAGAUACGAGGGGGUGUGGAGGGAGAACAAGCUCGCAAAACCCAGUAGUUGAAGAAUUUGUACCUUCUUCGCGUUGGAGGGAGGACCCAAGAACCCAUUCUCUCGUUGUUGAUCUGCCUGGUUUCAAGAAGGAUGAGCUUAAGCUUCAGGUUACUGGCUCUGGCGACUUGAUGAUCAGUGGAGAAAGGAAAGAACAUGAAGAAAAAAUUGUUUAUUUUAAGCAAACCUUUGAAGUGCCAAAAAAUACGGAAAUGGAUAAGACCACUGGAAAAUUCAUUGGUGAGAUUCUGUAUGUCACUGUCCCAAAGAAAGUGGUAGAAGAAAAGAGAACAGAUGAGAUUGUAGAAGGAAAUGCCAGUGGUUCCCAAAGAGAAGACGGGAAGAAGAGCAAGGGAAAUGCCAACCAUCUUCCUCAAGGAAAAACUGGUUUCAAGAAUGAUGAGGUUCAGUUUCAAAUUACUGGCUCUGGCAAUUUGAUGAUCAAUGGAGAAAGGAAAGUACAUGAAGACAAAAUUGUUUAUUUUGAGCAAACCUUUACAGUGCCAAAAAAUAUGGACAUGGAUAAGACCACUGGAAAAUUCAGUGGUGAGAUUCUCUUUGUCACUGUUCCAAAGCAAGUGGUAGAAGAAAAGAGAAAUGUAGGGUUUUCUGAAGAGAUCAGGGAGUAUUUGAAGAAUACAAAUUCGGAAAAUGUUGUGGAGAUGCUUAAAAGAAAUAAGGGAAUUUUUAUGACAGCCAUCUUGGCAUUUUCACUAGGGGUAUUGGUAACACGUAAGUCGGAAUCAACUGGAAACUGAUCGAGCAGGCUCUCGACCCUGUAUUUGCUUACAUAUACUAUCUGCCUUCAUCUCAUAUCAUACCUGAAAGCAGCUACAUUUCGUUAUAUGUACAGAAUAAAAAUGCUAUGUAAAAAUCCAAAUAAAUGAUAUCUAAUGCCCCGUACCCGGAGGGUUAGGGAGUUAGUUCCUAUUACCUGAAAA